UUCUCAACUCUUCAACGCCCCUUAUAUUUAACAACUUAACGCUUCUUCCUUCCCAUCUAUUCAAUAAAAUUUGAGAGUUGAGACAAACAAGGCAUGGCUGAUGGUAUAUUCGGUUACCCUUUGAGGCGCCUUUUAUGGAGCCCUCCGGUCUACCGUGAAUGGUCUGGAUCAAGGGCCCUCAUGGAUUGGCUCGAAUCCCCAACCGCCCACAUCUUCAAGAUCAACGUCCCUGGAUACAACAAAGAGGACAUAAAAGUGCAGAUAGAAGAUGGAAAUAUUAUGCAUAUAAAAGGAGAGGGUGUGAAGGAGGACACAGCAAAGGACACUGUUUGGCAUGUAGCCGAAAGGGGGACAGGGAAAGGGGGAUUUUCUCGGGAAAUUGAAUUGCCGGAAAAUGUGAAGGUUGAGCAGAUUAAGGCCCAAGUCGAAAAUGGUGUGCUCACAAUUGUGGUUCCAAAAGAUGCUACCCCUAAGCCUUCUAAACUGCGACAUAUUAACAUCACUAGCAAACUUUAAAACCUUGAUUAAAUAAAUGUGCUUGCUUUUCAAAGUUGUAAAAUUAAUGUGUUGUACUAUAAUUAUUAUAAAAAAAAAAGGUUGUAAUAAAACUUAUAAAUAUGUUAUAAAUAUGUUUAAGACUAAACUUGUGUGCAAUGUUGUGUGAUAAGUUGAGGAUUACUCUAUUUAACUAUUUUUAUUGUGAUUAAAAAUGAAUUUUGGCAUUAUAGCUUGGCUUGAUAUUUAAUUCCUUCUUGUACUUUAA